AACCACACAUUACAGAUAGCGAAGGAAGCAAGAACUCACAAUUUAGCAGAGAGCCGCGUAAAUGGUUCCCGCAUCUUCUCUGCUACCCAUCAAUGGAAAUCUCCUUCUCUCCUCUCAAUACACAUCUCUUUCCCUUAAUCUUCAUCGCUCAGCGACUAUCCUCAAGUGGGGAUUCAACAGGGACAAAGACAGCUGCUCAGUUACCAGAAGAACCAAGAGCCAAGCUUUCAGAAUCUUGGCAAAUCCUAAUGUGUCAGGUGAAGGAGAUUCAAAAGAUCAGGUAAUCAUGGUUGAUCCUCUGGAAGCUAAGCGAUUAGCUGCCAUUCAGAUGCGAGAGAUAAAAGCUAAAGAGAAACUCAAGAGACGACAUCAAAUUGAGGCAAUUAAUGGUGCAUGGGCAAUGAUUGGUCUCACGGCAGGCUUGGUAAUUGAAGGUGGCACUGGGAAAAGUAUACUGGAUCAGUUGGCUGGAUAUUGGUCUGGCAUUUUCCAUUUCUUUUUUGGAUAGACCGAGUCUAACUAUGGAGGAAAAAUUGUGGAGUAGCAGAUUCUUUCAUUGAAAUAUUCUUUCAAAAUUAACCUUGUAAUAAUGCUUUUGGCUAAUUUCUUUGUUACCCAUCUACUCAGCAUUUUAAAUUGACCUGUUCAUAAUGUUAUAUGACCACCUAUAUCUUCAGCUUGUUCAUUGAGAUCUUUACAUUGUUUGCGAGCAUUUUCUCAUAGAAACUGGCAGGUGUAAAGCAUCUUUGUAUUUCUUUCUGGGCAUUGGAGAAAAGAUUCUCUUUAUUCUUUCUAUGAUUGGUUUUGGAAUGAAUUCAUUUUAUAUAGUAACAUUUGAAACAUGUCUUA